UAUAGAGCUAUGGGAAAAAAUGAAAUGAACGUGUAUUGUCGAUUAUCGUCAAUCUUGCUGCGUCGUUGCCUCAAUUAAAAGCCUCUUAAGAGUAUAUUCAGCUCGUAACUCUUGUCGGUAAUCGUAACUCAAUUGUUGCACACACAUAUCCUGGCUCCGGUUUUUGGUUGCGUGGCUCAACAAGUGUGUAGACAAGAGCCUUUCAUAACCUCCCUUUCGUCAUUUUUUGUAUGGAAACGGAGUAGAUCGCAUGUUUUUACAAAUUCUGUUGGCAGGAAACGAGGAAAGAGAGAGUUUAGUAGUGGGGGGGAAAACGUGCUCUUUUGUCCUUUUGCCGACGUUUAUCUAUAGCACUAUUUUCACUUUAUUGAUCGUUAUUUCGCUCCGUUAUAUUGUUGAUUGAAAGUUCGGUAAGAUUUGGAAAAAUAAGAGAGUUUUUUAUUGCUCACAGAAGUUGGCCAAGGUUACAUGCUUUCAUGCAUAAGGUCUCUGUGAUUUUCUGAAGUGUUGGGACUUGAUGCCGACUUUCUGCCAUUAGUCUCAGUAUGGGGUGGAUGAACCACUUGGAUCGUCUUAUUAGAGGAAAGCAAACUCCUUUGGUUAGAAACCGAACAAUCAAUAUUGGUAGGAAGGUCCAUUCACCUUUAGAAAAUGCUCUAAGUGGAACGAGUAGGGCUGAAGUAUUUGUGGACAAUAGGGUUGUUUCUGCAAAGUACACAGUCUGGAAUUUCAUUCCCAAAAACCUUUUUGAGCAAUUUAGGCGUAUUGCCAACUUUUACUUUCUCUGUAUAGCAAUAAUUCAAAUGUCCAUUGACAGUCCAGUAAACCCUGCAACGAGUUCACUGCCAUUGGUUUUUGUGAUAACAGUGACUGCAAUCAAGCAAGGUUACGAAGAUUGGCUCAGACAUAGAAAUGAUAGAGAGGUGAAUUUUAGAUUAGUAGAUGUUGUUCAGCAAGGCUCAAUACAGCAAGUACAGUCACAAAAUAUACAUGUCGGAGACAUCGUGCGGGUAAAACGUGACGAGAGUUUUCCUUGCGAUCUGGUACUUGUGUCAACAUCAGAUAAUGAAGGGAAGUGCUAUAUUACCACAGCCAAUUUGGAUGGUGAAACAAAUUUGAAGACACAUUACAGUCCUAAAGAAACAAGACAGCUAAAGAGCACUGAGCAACUUUCAGCUUUUUCAGCAUGCAUCGAAUGUCAAAAUCCUACCCCCGAUUUGUACAAGUUUGUGGGUACUUUGAAGAUCUUUAGUGAAGGAAGUGUUGAUUGUCCGCAAGUGAUGACUAAGGUGUCGCUUGGAUUGGAAAACACACUCCUUCGCGGUUGCAGACUCAAGGACACGGAAUUCAUUUAUGGGUGCGCCGUAUACACUGGGCAAGAUACGAAAAUGGCGCAAAAUUCAAAAUUGACUAGCAAUAAAUUCUCAACAGUUGAAAAGACGAUGAAUAUGUUCCUCUUGUUUUUUCUCUCAAUUCUCGUGAUAGAGAUAUCUGUCUGCACUGCCCUCAAGUACAAGAUGUGGUUCUCGCCUACUAUAGCUGACGCAUGGUAUUUGAACGCCAAUCAUUCGGCCCCUGUGAGAGAUGUGUUACAAGACGUCUUCUCAUUUUUGGUCGUGUUCAACUACAUCAUUCCCAUUUCUCUCUACGUUACCUUAGAAAUGCAAAAGUUUAUCGGCAGUCUUUUCUUCGCUUGGGACGAAGAAUUGCGGUGCCCGAUCACCGGGGAAAUUCCCAUUUGUAAUUCCUCUGAUUUGAAUGAAGAACUAGGACAAGUUCAAUAUCUUUUUACCGAUAAGACCGGUACUUUAACCGAAAACAACAUGGAAUUUCGCCAAUGCUCCAUCGCUGGUUUAAAGCACAUGGAAAAGGAAGGCGACCUCUUUGCUGCUCUGGAUAACAGCGCUAGACAUUUCAAUCCCGUUCAUCACUUUACCGGCUACCUUGAAGAAUUUUUCGUAGGAUUGGCCCUAUGCCAUACGGUCCAAGUAAGCAUCCCUACCAGUAGUAAGCGAGAGCAGGCGGUUAGUACCCUACCAGGAUACGUCAACAAUACCUUUCAUCCCGAUCAUUUUGACUAUACAUACCAAGCCUCUAGUCCGGAUGAAAAAGCUCUCGUCGAAGCUUGUCGGAGGCUGGGAAUCGUCUUUCAUGGGGAGGAAGAUGGCCUGAUUCGCUUAACUGUGUUUGGCCAAGAUCGGUAUUAUCGCCGGCUUCAGGUGCUCGAGUUUGAUUCAGAUCGCAAACGAAUGUCGACCAUUGUUUUGUUUCCAGAUGAUAGUAUCUGGCUUAUUUGUAAAGGAGCCGAAAGUACAGUAGUGCCUCACUGUAUUGGUGGCCCCAUCAACCAAACGCUGGAACACAUAAACGACUAUGCUCUUCUGGGAUUGCGCACGCUGGCAGUAUCUGCGCGACGGCUUACAUCUGAUCAGUAUGCAAACAUGGUAGAAAAAUUAAAUGAGGCGAGACAAGUGAUGGUCGAUCGAGAGUUGUGCGUUAGCCGGAUUUUUGAUUUCAUUGAGAAUGACAUGACUCUUCUGGGUGCUACCGGAGUUGAAGAUCAACUUCAAGACGGAGUAGCAGAAACACUUGAAGCUCUCAGGGCGGCUGGAAUCAAAGUUUGGGUUCUGACUGGGGACAAACUAGAAACGGCCAUCAACAUUGCCUAUUCCUGUGGGCACUUCAAACGAGGGAUGCAGCUGUUAACUCUAACUGCACAAACCUCGCCAGCAGAAUGUCAGGAGACAUUAUGGAGAUUAAGACGGCGAAUUUGGGAUGAGCCUAUUCAAAAUUUUGGAUUCGUCGUUGACGGUGAAUCACUUGCUCAUUCGCUUAAAGAGCAUAGGCAACUUCUGUCGGAGGUUUGCAGCCAUUGCAAUACGGUCGUCUGUUGUCGCAUGUCUCCAAUUCAAAAAGCGGAGGUUGUGAAAGUAGUGAAAGGAUUCUCAUCAAAACCUAUUACAGCCGCUAUUGGUGAUGGUGCCAAUGACGUUUCAAUGAUCCAGGAGGCCCAUGUAGGAAUCGGUAUUAUUGGCAAAGAAGGGCGCCAGGCAGUCCGGUGCUCAGACUUCGCGUUUGCCAGAUUUCGUUUCCUGCGGCGAGUACUUCUUGUACAUGGCCACUGGUACUACUGGCGAGUCUCUACACUUGUUCAGUACUUUUUCUACAAAAACAUCACAUUCAUCACUCCAGCCGUCUUUUUCGCCAUUUUCAGUGCAUAUUCAACUCAGCCGAUUUACGAUACGUUCUUUUUGACGUUCUACAACAUUUUUUUCACAUCGUGGCCAAUUUUGAUUUUCGGCCUUCUCGAGCAAAACUUUACCUCACGUCAGCUGCUCGAGAAUCUCCAUCUCUACAGAGAUAUUACAAACAAUGCCCGGAUGAGCUGGUUCCAGUUUUUCAAGUGGACUCUUUUAGGUCUUUGGCAUUCGGUGGUCAUCUUUUUCGGUUGUAUACUACUUUGGGAGUCAGAAACGCCUUUUGAUUCACGUGGUCUCAUCUUGGACUUCUGGAGUUUCGGAACACUAGUCUACCACGGUGUCAUUGUUGUCGUCAGUCUAAAGUUGAUGCUUCAAUCCCGUCAUUGGACUGCCCCGUUUGUGAUCUCUAUCCUGCUUUCCGUAUUCGGAUUUAUGGGUCUCACCUUUCUGUACUGCUUGUUCACAGUCGACGCAUUGAAUAAUGGACCACUAAAAUGGGUUUACAUGAAUAUGCUCUCUACCGGUCCUGUGUGGCUUUUCAUUGUACUAGGAGUCGUGGCUGCUCUAUUGCCUGAUGUUAUCAUUGGAGUUUGGGAAGCUUAUGCCGCUGGAGAAGGUGUCCUCGUCAAUCAGCGAUGGACGCCCGGGCAAGCGCUAAAGCAACAGCUUGACCGCACGUUCUCGCUGCUCUCUCAAUCGCGAAGCGGCAAAUUACAAGUGACGUUGGAUCAGACUGCGGCCAGCCCGAAUAUGCAUCAGUCCACGUCGUACGAACUCCGUGUUCAAAGGACUAACGCUAGGAGAACUUCAGCGGGAUUGAACGGAGGUAUCAACGCCGAAUCGACCACAACCUAUCGACACUAACGUCAGUCACAGUGGUUUCCUGGGCCACGUCGUGGAGUCCAACUGGUGGUACUACACCCGCUCCAUUGGAUGAUCGCCUGUCGCGGUCUUGCGUCAACUCUCCACCGUUAUUCACCACCAUUGACGUUCAUUCG